AUGUGUAGGUCGAGUGCAAAGGAUACGUCACAAGUUGCUGAUUUCGUAUCUUAUUAUGGCAAAGUCCUGGACAUCAUCUUGAUGGACUACAAUGUUUUCUACAUUCCUCUAUUCCGCUGUCAUUGGGCCGUUAAAGGUAAUGGUGUUAGGGUAGAAGACGGAUUCACCCUCGUGAACUUGAAUCAGAGCCAGGUUACCUUCCUGAAAGAUCCUUACAUAUUGGCUUCACAAGCAAAACAAGUGUUUUACUCAAGGGAGAAUGAGACAUCGAGUUGGUAUAUUGCUCUACGUUGUCCUACAAGAAAAUUCAAUGAAGAAGAUUAUGAAUAUCUGCCUUUAGAUAUUGAGCCUCUGUCAUCAGUAGUCGAUAUGGAAAUUGAGCAAGACGAUGUUCCAUAUGCCCGUACCGACUGUGAUGGCAUUGACGUGUGA